AUGUCAGGCGAGAGACCGGUGACCAUGCCGGGUACAGAGUCGCUCUCGGACAGACAAACUACCUUGGGUCAAGGGCUGCAAAGAGCUACGGACUCCAUUACCGGUGAAAGGAUGGUGUCUGGUUUGGGUUCAGUGGUUUUACCAGCCGGUAUGAUUAACCCGUCGGUUCCAAUCCGCAAUAUCAAGAUGAAAUUUGCUGUUCUCAUCGGUCUGAUCCAGGUUGGAGAGGUUACCAACAGGGAUAUAGUGGAGACGGUGCUGAAUCUGCUGGUGGGUGGGGAGUUUGACCUGGAGAUGAACUUCAUCAUCCAGGAAGCAGAGAGCAUUGGCUGUAUGGUGGAGCUGCUGGAACCCUGUGAUGUCACCUGCCAGGCUGAGAUCUGGAGCAUGUUCACAGCCAUCCUGCGGAAGAGUGUCCGCAACCUUCAGACCAGCACAGAGGUGGGCCUGAUCCAGAGCGUGCUGCUCAAGAUGAACUCUGUGAACGACAUGAUUGCAGAUCUGUUGGUGGACCUGCUGGGCGUGCUGGCCAGCUACAGCAUCACAGUGAAGGAGCUGAAACUGCUCUUCAGCAUGCUGCGAGGAGAGGGGGGCGUGUGGCCAAAGCAUGCAGUCAAGCUGCUGGCAGUGCUGAACCAGAUGCCCCAGAGACAUGGCCCGGACACCUUCUUCAGCUUCCCUGGUCGCAGCGCAGCGGCCAUUGCUCUGCCUCCUAUAGCUAAGUGGCCUUAUCAAAACGGGUUUACUCUCAACACAUGGUUCCAGAUGGACCCUAUAAACAACAUUAAUGUAGAUAAAGACAAACCAUAUCUUUACUGCUUUCGCACAAGCAAAGGAAUUGGCUACUCUGCACAUUUUGUUGGCAACUGCUUGAUUGUGACAUCGCUCAAGUCUAAAGGCAAAGGUUUCCAGCACUGCGUGAAAUAUGACUUUCAGCCAAGGAAGUGGUACAUGGUCAGCAUCGUUCACAUCUACAACCGCUGGAGGAACAGCGAGAUCCGCUGUUAUGUCAACGGACAGCUGGUCUCUUAUGGCGACAUGGCAUGGCACGUCAACACAAAUGACAGCUAUGAUAAAUGUUUCCUGGGGUCUUCGGAGACAGCGGACGCUAACAGAGUGUUCUGUGGACAGCUAGGGGCCAUCUACGUGUUCAGUGAAGCGCUCAAUCCGGCACAGAUAUUUGCAAUUCAUCAGCUAGGACCGGGCUAUAAGAGCACAUUCAAGUUUAAGUCAGAGAGCGAUAUUCACCUGGCAGAGCACCAUAAGCAGGUGCUAUAUGAUGGGAAGCUGGCCAGCUCCAUAUCUUUCACUUACAACGCCAAGGCCACAGACGCUCAACUCUGCUUGGAGUCCUCACCCAAGGAGAACUCCUCCAUCUUUGUUCAUUCACCUCAUGCCCUCAUGCUUCAGGAUGUGAAAGCCAUCGUGACUCAUUCCAUCCACAGUGCCAUCCACUCAAUGGGUGGGAUCCAGGUCCUGUUCCCUCUGUUUGCCCAGUUAGACUACCACCAGCCGAGCGACUGCCAGGUGGAGACCACUGUCUGUGCCACCCUGCUGGCCUUCCUGGUGGAGCUACUGAAGAGCUCUGUGGCCAUGCAGGAGCAGAUGCUGGGAGGGAAGGGCUUCCUGGUGAUUGGCUACCUCCUGGAGAAGUCAUCGCGGGUCCACAUAACCAGGGCGGUGCUGGAGCACUUCCUGUCCUUUGCUAAGUACCUGGACGGUCUGACGCACGGAGCCCCGCUGCUGAAGCAGCUGUGUGACCACAUCCUGUUCAGCGCUGCCAUCUGGAUACACACCCCCGCCCAGGUACAACUCUCCCUAUACACGUAUCUGUCUGCAGAGUUCAUCGGCACAUCCACCAUCUACACCACCAUACGCCGCGUGGGCACCGUGCUGCAGCUCAUGCACACACUCAAGUACUACUACUGGGCCUGCAACCCUGCAGACUGCAGCGGAAUCACUCCUAAAGGCCUUGAUGGACCGCGUCCCUCUCAGAAGGAGAUUGUAUCUCUGCGGGCAUUCAUGCUCCUGUUCCUGAAGCAGCUUAUCCUGAAGGACCGAGGAGUAAAAGAAGACGAGCUGCAAAGUAUUCUCAACUACCUUCUUACAAUCCAUGAGGAUGAGAAUAUCCAUGAUGUGCUGCAGCUGCUAGUGGCCCUCAUGUCGGAGCACCCGGCCUCCAUGAUCCCUGCCUUCGACCAGAGGAACGGCAUACGGGUCAUUUACAAGCUGUUGGCUUCUAAGAGCGAAAGCAUCCGCGUGCAGUCUCUCAAAGUUCUGGGCUACUUCCUCAAGCACCUGGGCCACAAGAGGAAGGUGGAGAUCAUGCACACCCACAGUCUCUUUACGCUCCUGGGAGAGAGACUGAUGCUGCACACCAACACUGUGACAGUGACUACCUACAACACGCUCUAUGAGAUUCUCACCGAGCAGGUGUGCACUCAGGUAGUUCACAAACCCCAUCCCGACCCUGACUCCACAGUGAAGAUUCAGAACCCAAUGAUUCUGAAGGUGGUAGCCACCCUGCUGAAGAGCUCCCUGCCCAGCACAGAGCUGAUGGAGGUUCGCCGUCUCUUCCUGUCUGACAUGAUCAAACUUUUCAGCAGCAGCCGUGAGAACAGACGGUGUCUGCUGCAGUGCUCUGUGUGGCAGGACUGGAUGUUCUCGCUGGGCUACAUCAACCCCAAGAACCCUGAGGAACAGAAGAUUGCCGAGAUGGUCUACAAUAUCUUCCGUAUCCUGCUUUACCAUGCUAUUAAGUAUGAGUGGGGGGGUUGGCGGGUGUGGGUGGACACACUCUCCAUCGCCCACUCCAAGGUGACGUAUGAGGCCCAUAAGGAGUACCUGGCCAAGAUGUAUGAGGAGUACCAGAGACUGGAGGAGGAGAACAUCAAGAAGGGGAGGAAGGGCUUGGUGAGCACCAUCUGUGGCCUGUCUGCCCAGGCGGCAGCCAUCACAGGUGCCAUCCAGAUCCCUGAAAUGGACAACCACUCCCAGACUCAGACGCCAGAGAGCGAGGCGGACGACCCCGAGGCCGACUCCCGUAACCUGCUGGCGGAGGGCAAGGGGCCCGAGGGGGCUCUGGGCGUGGCCGGGAGGACCGUGGCUGGGGUCAGGGUGGAGGUGCAUGACCUGCUGGUGGACAUCAAGGCAGAGAAGGUGGAGGCCGAGGAGGUGAAGCUGGACGACGUGGACCUGUCUCUGGAGGUGCUGGGGAUGCCGGAGAACGGAGCCCUGAUGGAGGUGGACUCUCUGCUGGAUAACGUCUACUGCGCCGCUGUGGAGAAGCUCACCAGCAACGUCAGCAGUGUCCUGGUUCCCAAGGAUGGCGUGCAGGACGAGAACACGGGACCCCUCAUCACUCUGGCAGAUGACAGAGACAGCAUCCCCAGUAACAUCUUCCUGUUCGGAAAGAUGCCGGGUGACGCAGAGAACAGCUUGCUUCCUGACCAGGACUCUGCCCAGCCCCUGGGUCUGCCCAGCCCGCCAGCAGUGCCGAAGCCCCCGGUCCAGACCAAUGAUGACCUGGACCUGCUGGCUCACAUGACCGCUGGUUCUGAGCCGGGGGGCAGCGCUGGCAUCCUGGACGAGGCAGAGUUUAAGCUCCCUCCCACCCUGAGUGACAUCAGCUCCAUGGCUGAGGUAGGAGGCAGCACUGCCUUUAAGGUAGCUUGUGAAGCUGACCCCUCAACCGUGAAGACGUGCAGCUCAGUAGACGCUGCCAGCACCACCUCUGACACUGAGAGGUCAGAUGAUGGGAAGGACAAGGAAAUCAGGAAAAUUCAGACCACAACCACUACCCAGUCCCUGCAUGGGCGCAGUGCCAGCCAGCUUGAGAGGGACCUACGUGUGGACCUGGGCUUCCGGGGCAUGCCCAUGACGGAGGAGCAGCGGCGGCAGUUCAGCCCCGGCCCGAGGACCACCAUGUUCCGCAUCCCAGAGUUCAAAUGGUCGCCCAUGCACCAGAGGCUGCUGACCGACCUCCUGUUUGCCCUGGAGGCCGACGUCCACGUCUGGAGAAGCCACUCCACCAAAUCCGUCAUGGACUUUGUCAACAGCAACGAGAAUAUCAUUUUCGUCCACAACACCAUACACCUCAUCUCACAAAUGGUGGAUAACAUCAUUAUCGCUUGUGGAGGGAUCCUGCCUUUACUGUCCGCAGCCACCUCUCCCACUACGGAGCUGGAGAACAUUGAGGCGACCCAGGGCAUGUCGUCAGAGACGGCCGUCUCCUUCCUCUCCCGUCUCAUGGCUAUGGUGGACGUGCUGGUGUUCGCCAGCUCCCUCAACUUCAGCGAGAUCGAGGCAGAGAAGAACAUGUCUUCCGGAGGACUGAUGAGGCAGUGCCUCCGACUGGUGUGCUGUGUGGCCGUGAAGAACUGCCUGGACUGCAGGCAGAGACAGAGGGACAGAGGAGCCAAGUCCUUCAUGCCCAACAGUAAGACCCAGGAGAAUAUGCUCGGGGCAGUCACUGUGAGCAAGACACAUAAACCAAUAUCCCAACUAACCUUUUCUCCCACCAAGGACCCAGACAGGCUUCUGCAGGAUGUCGAUAUCAACCGUCUACGUGCAGUGGUGUUCCGAGAUGUGGAGGACAGUAAACAGGCUCAGUUCCUGGCUCUGGCCGUGGUCUACUUUAUCUCUGUCCUCAUGGUUUCCAAGUACCGGGACAUCCUGGAGCCACAACGUGAGAUUGGCAUAUCCACCAGCCUAUCAGGACGCAGUGUACAUAGACAGGAGAUCAACUCGCCAACCAACACAGAGAACCCCAUGGCCUUCUCAAACAGUAAGGACAGCCCCACACCUGCGGAGGACCUUCACCUUGGGGUCUCCUUGCCUCACACAGACUCCGGCAUCGGGGACGAGCAUGUCGCCAGAUUGCUGAACGGGGCUGACAUGGAGUCCAGCUGGGGCGCGGGGGGGCCAGAGGCCAGGGCCGAGCUGCUGUGCACCCUCUCCUCGGGGGUGAAGGAAUCCCUGUCUGAGACCUCCAGCGUGGAGGUGCUUAAACCGGCCUCCUCCAUCUCCAGCAUCAGCCACACCAACAAAGGCAUCAAUGUGAAGGAGAUCCUGAAGAGCCUUGUGGCAGCUCCUGUGGAGGCUCUGGAGGCAGGGCCUGAGCCCCAGCCCUACUCAGACCCUGCUGUCAAGAGGGACGCUCAGGCCCUGCUGCAGUUCCACUCUUUUGACAGGAGUGUGGUGGUACCAGUGAAGAAGCCUCCUCCAGGCAGCCAGGCGGUCACCACGGUGGGCAGCAUGCCCAGCACCAUGGCCACAGGCAGCACCCCCAACAUCUUCUCUGCUGCCUCUCACACCCCCAAAAGCAUGAUCAACACUACAGGAGCCGCAGACUCUGCCUCGUCUUCCUCCUCCUCUUCCUCCAGCUUCGUCAACGGAGCCACCAGUAAGAACCUGCCCGCCGUGCAGACAGUGGCACCCAUGCCAGAGGACGGAGUGGAAAACAUGAGUGUCUUUUGUGAAGUGGACCAGUGUCCACCUCGCCCGGGGCUGACGCCACCUGAGCUCAAAGCCUUUAGCUCGCUGGCAGGACUCCAGACAGGCCCGAGAGGUGCAGGCCAGUGUCAUAGCAUCACCACCAAGCUGGAGCGUGCCCUGGAGAAGGUGGCCCCCCUGCUGAGAGAGAUCUUUGUGGACUUUGCCCCCUUCCUGUCCCGCACUCUGCUGGGGAGCCAUGGGCAGGAGCUGCUGAUCGAAGGGCUGGUGUGUAUGAAGUCCAGCACCUCGGUGGUUGAACUCGUCAUGCUGCUUUGCUCUCAGGAAUGGCAAAACUCCAUACAGAAGAAUGCGGGGCUGGCGUUCAUUGAGCUAAUCAAUGAAGGAAGGCUGCUGUGCCAUGCCAUGAAGGACCACAUCGUGCGUGUUGCGAACGAGGCAGAGUUCAUUCUAAACAGACAGAGGGCAGAAGACGUUCACAAGCAUGCAGAGUUUGAGUCCAACUGUGACCAGUAUGCUGCGGACAGGAAGGAGGAGGAGAAGCUGUGUGAUCACCUCAUCAGUGCUGCCAAGCACAGAGAUCAUGUGACCGCCAACCAGCUCAAACAAAAGAUCCUCAACAUCUUGACCAACCGACAUGGAGCCUGGGGGACCUUAUCCCAAACACAGUUGCAUGAUUUCUGGCGUCUGGACUACUGGGAAGAUGACCUGCGCAGGAGGCGGAGAUUUGUUAGGAAUGCCUUUGGCUCCACCCAUUUGGACAUCCCAUGCAAGUCUGCAGAGGAUUACGGCACGGAGGACGACGAUGGGAUCCAAUCAAAGAAGGUUUUCCGAACUCAGGCGGUAGCCAACCAGAACCCGGAAACAGACCUGAUGCUUGAAGGAGACGAGGACACUGUCAGUCUGCUACAGGAGAAGGAAAUGGACAGCCUGGCUGGCCCUGUAGUUCUGAGCACCCCAGCCCAGCUCGUCGCCCCUGUUGUAGUUGCGAGAGGGACUCUCUCCAUCACGACUACCGAAAUAUAUUUUGAGGUUGAUGAGGAAGACCCUGCCUUCAAAAGAAUUGACCCAAAGGUGUUGGCGUACUCUGAGGGGCUUCAUGGGAAAUGGAUGUUUAGUGAGAUCCGGGCAGUGUUCUCCAGGCGUCACCUCCUGCAGAAUACUGCUCUUGAGGUCUUCAUGGCUAACAGAACCUCAGUCAUGUUCAACUUCCCAGACCAAGCCACAGUGAAGAAGGUGGUUUACAGUCUUCCUCGGGUUGGGGUGGGCACCAGCUACGGCCUUCCACAGGCAAGGCGGAUAUCUCUGGCUACUCCACGCCAGCUCUUCAAGUCCUCCAAUAUGACGCAGCGCUGGCAGAGAAGAGAGAUCUCCAACUUUGAAUACCUAAUGUUCCUCAACACCAUUGCAGGGAGGACGUACAAUGACCUGAACCAGUACCCCGUCUUUCCCUGGGUCCUCACCAACUAUGAGUCGGAAGAGCUGGACCUCACCCUGCCCGGGAACUUCAGAGAUCUGUCCAAGCCAAUCGGAGCGCUGAACCCCAAGCGUGCUGUGUUCUACGCAGAGCGCUAUGAGACCUGGGUGGAUGACCAGACUCCCCCCAACCACUACAGCUCUCACUACUCCACGGCCUCCUCCACACUGCAGUGGCUGCUCAGGAUAGAACCCUACACCACCUUCUUUCUCAACACGAACCACAACAAGUUUGACCACCCGGAACGCACCUUCUCUGACAUCAAGCGCUCCUGGAGGAAUUGCCAGAGAGACACUUCAGACGUAAAGGAGCUCAUUCCAGAGUUCUUCUACCUUCCAGAGAUGUUUGUUAACAGUAAUGGUUACCAGCUGGGCAUGCGCGAAGACAGGACCAUGGUGUGUGAUGUAGAUCUACCUUCCUGGUCUAAGAAACCAGAGGACUUUGUCAGGAUUAACAGGAUGGCCCUGGAAAGCGAGUUUGUGUCGUGUCAGCUGCAUCAGUGGAUUGACCUUAUUUUGGGCUACAAGCAGAGAGGCCCGGAGGCAGCACGUACCCUCAACGUCUUCCACCACCUGACAUACGAGGGCUCCGUCAACCUCGACAGCAUAACUGACCCCCUGCAGAGAGAGGUCAUGGAGGCGCAGAUCCAGAGCGUUGGACAGACGCCAUCUCAGUUGCUUAUUGAGCCACAUCCCCCUCGCAGCUCGGCCAUGCACCUGUGUUUCCUUCCACAGAGUCCCCUCAUGUUCAAGGACCAGAUGCAGCAGGAUGUCAUCAUGGUGCUCAAGUUUCCCUCCAACUCCCCAGUGACUCACGUGGCGGCCAACACGCUGCCCCACCUGACUGUCCCGGCCGUGGUCACCGUCACCUGCAGCCGCCUGUUUGCGGUCAACCGCUGGCACAACACCGUUGGUCUAAGAGGAGCACCAGGAUACUCCUUAGAGCAGGCUCAUCACCUGCCAAUCGAGAUGGACCCUCUGAUUGCCAGCAACUCUGGGACAAACAAGCGCCAGAUCACCGACCUGGUCGAUCAGAGCAUCCAGAUCAACACACACUGCUUCGUGGUUACUGCCGACAACCGCUACGUCCUAGUCUGUGGCUUUUGGGACAAGAGCUUCAGAGUGUAUUCCACUGACACUGGCAAGCUGACCCAGAUAGUGUUUGGGCACUGGGACGUGGUGACGUGCCUGGCCCGGUCCGAGUCCUACAUCGGGGGAGACUGCUACAUUGUGUCGGGCUCCAGAGACGCCACGCUGCUGCUCUGGUACUGGAGCGGCCGGCACCACAUCAUAGGAGACAACCCCAACAACAGUGACUACCCGGCACCGCGCGCUGUGCUAACAGGCCAUGACCACCAGGUGGUGUGUGUGUCAGUAUGUGCUGAACUGGGCCUGGUCAUCAGUGGAGCGAAAGAGGGUCCGUGUCUGGUCCACACCAUCACAGGGGACCUGCUACGAGCCUUAGAUGGCCCAGAGUCCUGCUUGUGUCCUCGCCUCAUUUCUGUGUCCAGCGAGGGCCACUGCGUCAUCUGCUAUGAGAGAGGACGCUUCUGCAACUUCAGCAUCAACGGGAAACUGCUGGCCCAGAUGGAGGUCAACGACUCUAUCAGGGCCAUCCUGCUGAGCAGUGACGGACAGACCCUGGUGACAGGUGGGGACAACGGUGUGGUGGAGGUGUGGCAGGCCUGUGACUUACAGCAGCUCUACAUCUACCCAGGCUGUGACGCUGGCAUCCGUGCCAUGGACCUGUCACAUGACCAAAGGACUCUGAUAACAGGUAUGGCAUCUGGCAGCAUCGUGGCGUUCAACAUCGACUUCAACCGCUGGCACUACGAACACCAGAACAGGUACUGAAAGCUGGUUCUACGAGCAUCAGAACAAGUACUAAGGUUGAGCCGGUUGGGAGCCAGCAGAACCCAGGGAUACAACGCUGGUCUGACAGGACACAGACACCUGGUUAAGCUGGAGAGGAGGUGGUGGGAGGAUGAAGACAGUGGAAAGAUACAAAGAAAAUAGAUGAGUCAUGUGACUGGUUGGAGCGUCUAGACUGCUAUUGCUGGGCAGUAGCCUGACUUGUUGGUUUUCCUUUCCUGUAUGUGAUGUAUUAGCACCAGCUGAUGCACAUGACCAUAGGUUUGUCAAGCAGGUGGAUGCUUUUCUCUCUCUAGGAGAGACUUGACUCCACUUCCUGUAUCAUAACACCUGGAUGGAAACAGAGUUCCACUUCCGGUAUUAUAAUGCAUGAAUGGAAAUGACAUAAGAUGACAGGAGGAGAGAGUUCAGUAUCCAUUCAGAAAAAAAAGUAAAAUAAAAGUAAUAUUUUAUUCAAACCUAUGUCCUAUUUUCAUCUCUGUAAAAUACAAAUAAAGUAAACUGUCAUUUACUAACAUUUAUACAACAUUUGUAUGCAAGAUACACAUCUUGGGACUCUUUUCUACAGAAGGAAAGAUGUGCAUAUGAGGACAAUAUUGUUUAUUUUCUUUCCAAAUUGCUCAAAUUGACAAAAAAUUAUAUAUACCACUGUAAAACAUAUUU